AUUUAUACUAAUAGUUUACAUUAUCAUUUCUAUACAUUAAAUUUUGUUUCUAUGAAAAUUUAAUUAUGUUUUAUAUUCAAAAAAUAAUUCUAUGAAAACAUGACUUACAAAAGAAUUUAGUUGCACGUGCACGGUAUCAGAUACAACUACUAACUACUAAGUAGCGAAAUAUAUAGGUUAUUAAUCGCAUUUUAUAUAUUUAAAUUUAUUUAUAUUUUAUAAUUUUUUUUAAUUUAUAAAUAUUUAAAAAAAUGGUUGUAUUUACUUGUAAUAAUUGUGGUGAAACAUUACAAAAACCAAAAGUUGCAAAACACUAUGAAUUUCGAUGCCACACCGCGCCUUUUUUAACAUGUGUCGAUUGUUUGAAAGAUUUCAGAGGUGAUCAAUAUGUAGCACAUACGAAAUGUAUAAGUGAAGCUGAAAGAUACGGGGGUAAGGAUUAUGUUCCGAAAGCUGGAGCAAAUAAAGGUGAAAGAAAGCAACAGAAAUGGAUUGACACAGUUAAUAAUAUUCUCAAUAAUGAAACAAAUUUAUCAAAAACAGAACGAAAUUUUUUAAAUUUAUUAUCAAAGCAUGAAAAUAUUCCACGUAAAAAAGUUAAAUUUUUAAAUUUUGUAAAAAGUGCUCUAGGUCAGAAAAUACCAUCAGUAGUAGUUGAUAGUGUAUGGAAUAAAAUAGAAACAGCUUAUAAAAAUAAUGUACAAGAUAUUAAUAGUGAAAAACAACAACAAGAAAAUGGUAAAAUGAGUGAAAAAAUAAAUAAUGUACAAGAUACAAGUAUAUAUCAAGAAAAUAAUAUUAUUGAGAAUCAAAAUAAUGAAAAUAUAGACAGAGAAAAUCAAAAUGAAGAUCAAAAUAAAAAUAAUUUAAACAACAGUGAAAAUGGUAUUGAUAAUGAUACUAUCAAUAAUGCUAAGAAAAAGAAACUUAAAAAGAGAAGAAUGUCUGAAACAAUACAAGAACAAGAAGAAUUUGUAAAAAAAAAAAGCAAACAGGAUGUAGAAUUUACAAAAGAAUCAGUUUCUAAAAAAAAAAGCAAAGAUAUUGCUGUAGAAAAGUUAGAUGAGAUAAAAAAAAAUAAAAAUACUUUGCUAUUUGAAUCAUCGAUUAAUCAAUGUGAUAAUAUUAUAAAGAAAACUUUCAAUUGGAAAAAUGUUAUUUUAGACAUAGUAAAAAACAAAGGAGAAAUUUCCUUAAAAAAAUUACAGAAAAAAGUAAUUUCACAAUAUAUGAAUUCCUGUUCAAAUAUUAUAUCAUAUGAAAAAGCAUGUAGUAAAUUCAACAAAAAAUUAAAAAAAAUAUCAGAAAUUAUCAUUUCUGAUGAAAAAGUAACCUUAAUUUAA